GGUGCUGUUUGAAGCGCAUAGAACACGUUUGGCUAGCAAGCGCCAGUGCUACUUGGCGUUCAAACGCGAAUCGUCAUGUCGGGAAAAAGCUUUCGAGUAAGCGACGGGGAUUGGAUAUGUCCCGAUAAAAAGUGUGGAAACGUGAACUUUGCAAGGAGAACAAGUUGUAAUAGAUGUGGGAGAGAGAAAACCACAGAGGCCAAGAUGAUGAAAGCAGGAGGGACAGAGAUUGGGAAAACUCUGGCUGAGAAGAGUAGAGGACUUUUCAGUGCUAAUGAUUGGCAAUGUAAAACAUGUGGAAACGUUAACUGGGCGAGGCGGUCGGAGUGCAACAUGUGUAACACUCCCAAAUAUGCCAAGCUUGAAGAGAGAACAGGUUAUGGUGGUGGUUUUAAUGAAAGGGAAAAUGUGGAAUACAUUGAGCGAGAGGAAUCUGAUGGUGAAUAUGAUGAGUUUGGGAGGAAAAAGAAAAAGUAUCGUGGUAAGAGCAGUAGCAAGACAUCUUCCUCAAAAGGAAGUGAAAAGAAAGAAGUAGUGAAAAAAGCUCAGCCACCCCCACCGCCACCGCAGGACGAUGACGAUGAAGAGGAUGACGACGAAGACGGUGACCUGUCCAAGUACAAACUGGAUGAUGAAGACGAAGAUGACGAUGACGGCGACCUCUCCAAGUACAACCUGGAUGCCAGCGAUGAGGAAAAAGAGCAAGCCAAGAAAAGGGGCAGCCGCUCGGGCUCGUCCCGUUCCCGCUCGUCCUCGCGCUCAUCCAGCUCCAGUUCUCGGUCGAGGUCCAGAUCCGGUUCUAGGAGCUCCUCUAGUUCCCGAUCCGGAUCUCGCUCGAGGUCCCGCUCCAGAUCCAGCUCCAGGUCUGGAAGAUCCUCACCCCGGAAGAGAUCCGUCUCCCCGUCCUCCUCACCCGAGGGGGGACAGAAGCGCAGUCGCUCCAGGUCGUCAUCUGCAGGGAGAAAACGGAGGCGCUCUAGAUCCCGUUCGUCCGAAAGGCGCAGCAACCAGUCCUCCGGAUCCUCCCAUUCUGGCUCCAGUUCUAAAAAGAAAUAACUUAAAUUUUAAUGCCUCAGUGAAAUAAACCUCAGUGCAAGUGCAUGUUACCAUGAGAGGAACAACCACAUCCAUACAGUAUGCUGUUCACCAUCUACACACAUACACACACAAAAACUAUACAGUAGCAACUCUCCCUAUAUGUCAACACACUCUCUGCCCAACUUGUGACAAAUGUCCAGACAUAUAAAAAAAUACGGCCAUUCAAUGUAAAUGGUUGGUCCCUAUUUAGGGAUCAUGUUGGUGGCAGUAUUUGUUGUUCUUUGGGGACCUGUAGAAUUUCCCUCGGGACAUGGCAUCCUCUCAAGUAUACGAAGAAUCUGUCUAGGGAAAAGUACACGUAGGAUCGAAUACUGGUUGUUUACUUUGCUUUUAAGGUAAGUAUUACAAAGGUUUUGUUAUUCACGAACAGUACAAAUUUCAAUCAAAGUUAGCUUAGAUGUUUUCAUUUGUCAAACACUUACCACAAUGUUUGGAUUUGAUUCACAAAUUGCCCAUAUUAGUGUAACAAGACUUUUUAGAGUACAACGUGACUGCUUUCUACAUAUGAAACUGUAUGUGUGUAAAUAAAGUCUUGUCAACCGCG